CGUAUCCGACGAGGCAAGAGCGGCGCGCAAUGGUGGAAGCAGCCGCGACGGGCUGCGGUCGGGACAUAAUCGGAUUGGUGAAGAGCAGAGCGAGGGGAGAUUUCCAGAAAGGUUUGUUGGCGUUGCUCGAACCCGCUCCGAUCCGCGACGCGGAAUGGAUUAACAGGUCGGUAUCGGGGUUGUUGCUGAAACGGAAAGAUAUCGCGAGAGAGGUCCUCUGCACCCGGACUCCCGACGAGCUGCGCGCCAUUGCGGACGCUUAUCGCUUCAGAUAUGGAACGGAGAUGGUGGAUGACGUGGCUGGCGCCUUUUUCGGGAAAGAGCGGGAGUUGUUCCGCCGAUUACUGACCCUAGAUCGAGUACUACAGGCCGAUCACCGCGCAGCAGAUCGGGAUCGCACUCGCAUACUAGCGCAAGCCCUUUACGAAGCUGGGCCUGCAAGAUGGGGUACGGACGAAGGUACGUACAUCCAGAUCCUGACCACCGAAAAUCCCGACGCACUCAGGGCCGUGUUUCGCGAGUUCGAGGCCUUGUACGGACAGAGUCUGUUCGCGGUGAUGGAUAAGGAGUUCAGUGGAAGCUUCCAGAAGGACAUGCUAACGCUCAGCAAAUUUCUGAUCGACCCUCCAAGGGUGUUCGCGGACAUUAUCCGCAAGGCGCUGACUGGGGUUCGAACCGACGAAGAAGACUUGAUAAGAGCGAUCAUUGCCCGGAAGGACAUCGAUCUGCGAGAGAUCAUGGAGGUAUAUGAGGCACAGGGUGGGUCGCUGAUGGAAGACGUGGAGUCGAAAACCCGAGGGGACCUCCGCAGCCUGUUAAUGGCGGUGAUCGCCAGCGUGGCAUAAGGAAGUGCGAGAGCGGAAUCUGCAGACAGGAUAGGAGAGGAAGAGAGGGGAGAUCAGAGAGGAGAAGGGGGAGAGGGGGAGUGAACUUGGAGAAGGAAGGCAAAGGAGGAUGGAUUAUUACUGUUAAGUGGAGGAAAUAAGGAUGAGAGAGGGUAGAUUGUGGACUUGUUGUGGGGGGGGGGGGGGGGGGGGGGGGGGGGGGGGGGGGGGGGGGGGGGGGGGGGGGGGGGGGGGGGGGGGGGGGGACGGGGAAGGAGGAUGAGGGCCCUGUUCACACAACUGAACUGAGGGAUCCGUUUGCCUCUGAAAUGUUUGUCUUGCUGCUCUGCAUACUGGGACGCCGGACUCGAUUGCUACCGGUAGUAGGUGUGCUUCCCCACCAAUAGAUCGGAAUUGUUCUUUGUAAGAUAAUAUAAAUGAACAAAUAACAUAAACACAC